ACUUCAGCUAAAACGACUGCCUGUUUCUUAUCGCAAAGGAAGAGUUCAUCCUGACUCAUGGGCCGCACUUUCUGCCGUUUUUGUGCCCUCCUUCUUCUGGCAAGUAUGAUAAAGACUGACGAUGCAGCAGGGGAAAACUUUUCGACUGGUGUAUUUCAUUCCACAGCUGUUGGAAGACACGAGAAAAUUCUGGGAUGUGGGCCCAUGCACUUCCAUCAUGGUCACCUCUGCAAGAGGAAUGACUGCCCAAAUAACCACCUCGGGAAAUGCGUAAAAGGAGAAUGUGUGUGCCUCGAUGUGAUGACGACGACAACAGCGAAGCCAACUAAGAAGGAAACGAAGAAACCUUCAUUGCGUGGGUGAAUAAACUAUUAUAUUUUGUAAAAAAAGUGAACUCAUGGUUAUUCGAGGUGCCCUGUCUUUUCUUUUUUUUACAAUAGUACAUGAAGACGUCAUUUACGUGUUCUGCAAUAAAGUCUUUUCUAGA